CAAAAAAUGAAUAAGGUGGCUGUGUGUGUAUUGUUGGUUGCCAUUUUGGCUUCAGCCUCAUCAAAAGCCUUAACCAGAACCCAAUUGAAGUCCUUCUACUCCAACAUUCCAGAAGAAGAAAGAGCCUCCUACCUAAGAUACAACUUGCUGAAAGGCUACGAAGCACUCCAAAAGUCGGAGUUUGAGAAAUAUGCGGAAAUUCCCACUGAAGUGUCAGCAGCAAUUUACGAAUCGAUGAUCCAGAACCAUUUGGUGCAGGAAAAGCAGCACCUGUCUUCCCUGAAGGAUGUGAUUUGCUUCCCAUCUGGAUGCAUCGACUUGGAUGACCCUGGAGUACAUCCUUAAAUUGCUCCAUAGUUUUAGUCAAUGAGUGUUUCAGUUUUACUAUUUAAUAAAAUACUUUUGUGAGUUAAUAUGCUCUGUUAUUUAUUACAUGUAACUAAUUUAUUUAUAUUAAAAUAUAUCAUUUAUUGAC